UUUCCCGUCUCGAAGAUGACGCUAUCAAUGUCAAAAGUCACUCCGAUAUCUAAUUGCCUCCUCUCGACGAUAUGCAAAUGCGUAAAACGCGGCGACUUUGCAGUUGUAUUAAUAUCACUCGAUCGAACGCAUCGACUGCUGAACACGAUGUGGCGAUUUCUUUUACUUUUCUCGCAAAUCGUUCUGAUAAUCCCGGCGAGAACUUCGCCAGUCAAAAAGGAACCAACCUGUAAGAAUUUAGACGGCUAUAAUGUCUGUCAAAACAAAGGAGUGCUGGUCGAAGUUACACGACGUCACUUCGAAAAUCGAUUGCACAUUAACGACAUGGAUCUUCUGGCGAUUCGGGAGGAUGCCUUCAAAAAUGUAACGGUGACGCAUUUGAAUCUGAACGAAGGAAACCGAAUAUCUGUGCUAACAAGGGGAUCCUUCCAUGGUUUGCCUAACUUGAAGCGUCUUGAUCUGGACAGCAACGUGGUAUCAUUGUCGGAACACCUGUUCGCGGAAUUGCCAAAGUUGGAAGCGCUUUUGUUGAGCUUCAACAAGAUCAAUGCGAUACCGAAGGAUUCGUUCGCUGGUCUAUCGAGCUUAAUGUGGUUAUAUUUGAGUAACAAUGAUAUCCCGGCGAUAGAAGAGGAAUCUUUUUCGAAUUUAAAUCCCGGACUGCUGUACCUGUGGCUCAAUAACAAUAAAAUCUCACAUGUGGCGCCUGGCGCCUUCGCCGAGUUAACCGAAUUGAAUCGUCUGCAUUUAGACGACAAUCAAUUGCAGAUUUUACCGAGCGGCGCCUUUCGAGGAUUAAACAAGUUGGAAUUUCUCUACCUAGAUCAUAAUCUGAUAACGAGCGUUUCCAGGACGCUUUUCAGUGAUUUAGUCAGUCUGAAGAAACUUCAUUUUGGGCACAAUAAAAUCAGCUCUCUUGAGCCGGGAACGUUUCAGGAUGUGUCUCAGCUAGAGGACCUACCACUGAAUGGAAACAAACUAUCUCAUAUUAAAGUCGGCACUUUUGCAGGGCUCUCCAAACUGAAAUAUCUCAUACUAUCUGAUAAUAACAUCCACACGGUAGAUAACGGCGCAUUCUCUGAUCUCGUUGAAUUGCAGAGUCUCGAUUUAACCUCUAAUAACAUCACUGAAAUCGAUAAGAAAAUAAGCGGUCUUUCAUCUGAGGUUUCUGUCUUUUUGACGCCUUAGAAAUCUGUUUAUUUCCCAAUGCGGAAUUUGUUUGCAACAUUGAAAUAGUAAAUAAAUCUUUUUAUUGCAAAAUG